UUGUGCCUCGAAGAUGGCCGCAGCCGCUACUUUCCCAGCCGUGAAGAUUGGAAUUAUUGGAGGGACUGGUCUGGAUGAUCCUGACAUAUUAGAAGGUCGAACAGAAAAAUACAUUGAUACGCCUUAUGGAAAGCCAUCAGAUGCUCUGAUUUUGGGAAAGAUAAAAAAUGUUGACUGUGUGCUUCUAGCCAGGCAUGGGAGACAUCAUACGAUUGUGCCAACAAAUAUAAAUUUCCGCGCCAAUAUGUGGGCGCUGAAGGAAGAGGGUUGCACUCAUCUAUUAGUGACUACUGCCUGUGGUUCAUUAAGAGAAGAGAUUCAGCCUGGAGAUGUUGUUAUCAUCGACCAGUUCAUAGACAGGACAACCAAAAGGCAUCUCACUUUUUAUGAUGGGAAUCAUUCCUGCCUUCCGGGAGUGUGCCACGUUUCUAUGGCGGAACCUUUCUGUGCCAAAACUAGAAAAGUUCUGAUGGAUGUUGCAAAGAAGCUUGGGAUCAAGUGCCACUCAAAGGGGACCAUGAUCACAAUUGAGGGGCCACGUUUUAGUUCUCGGGCAGAAAGCCUGAUGUUUCGCGGUUGGGGGGGUGAUGUUAUCAACAUGACGACAGUCCCCGAAGUGGUUCUUGCCAAGGAAGCUGGCAUCUGUUAUGCAAGUAUCGCUAUGGCAACAGACUAUGACUGCUGGAAAGAACAUGAAGAAACGGUUUCAGUGGAUAAAGUGUUAAAGACUUUGAAAGAAAAUGCUAAUAAAGCAACUAGCUUACUGCUUACUGCUAUACCUCAGAUUGGGUCCAUGGAUUGGGCGGAGACCCUGCAGAUCAUGAAAAAUACUGUACAGUUGUCUGUUAUACUACCAAAACAUUAACAAGCAUGGCAAGGCACUCAAGAUAAACAAGAUGGAUCUUUUGAGAAUGUGAUAAUACCCUGAAAGAAGAUGGUUAAAACAUGCAACAUUUUUCAUUAUUGUCUGCUAAUAUAAGUCUUGUUUUGGCAUACGAUCUUAUAGACGAACAUUCCCACCAGGCUGGAAAUUACUUGAUUCUAAGAACUGACAUUCUGCAGGAUAGGAAUUGAAUAGUAAAUACAUAAUCAUCAUGCUUUAUAGAUAUGAGGAGAGGAAAAAUAAAAUACCAAGGGCUACAAUUCUGGUUCAAGUAUUAGCUCAGCACUCUACCUAAAGAUAUCAAGGCAAAGGCAAUCUGCUUUUAACUACUCCAAAGGGGUGGGAGAAACCACAGAAAGCCCAAAGCCAGGAAUUUAUAGAUCUGUUACAUUGAUAGGUCUUCUUUCAGUGCCAAUGUUUUGCAAUGGAAAGAAACGGUUGUUGAAUUAAAUGGUAUUACAUUGGUAAUAAACUUUAUUAUUUCUAUGUCUUCAUUUACAUAAAAAUAUUCACUUUUUUUAAAAAAAACAACAACCACAAAAUUGGUUACCUUCUAGACAGGUUUUUUUUCAUUUGGAAUGCCUUCCUGGUUAAGAUUCUUGAACCUCCAAAACUAUAUUUGAUUUUAGAUAUCAGCCAAAGGUUGGCUGCUAGGAAAGCCUUCAGAUGAAAAAAGAAAAAGAAGAAGAAGCAUCCACUCGUUAUGAGUAUGUUAAGACUGUUUUCCUUUGUGCCUUCACUGAUAGUUUUUUGAGUUUAAUGAGUUGCCGGUUUUAUUAAUUUUGGAUUAUUCUUUUUUAUGCUUUUCACAAUGAUAUCUUUUGAUGUUUUAUGCACAAUAUGGAUUUGAUUUCACUGUAUGUAUUUUUUUAAUGGUUGUAAUCUACUUUGAGGGGUUUUUUUUGGAUGGGUAAACUGGUAUAUACAUUCUUAAAAUAAUAAAUAAAUACAUUUGGAGAACAAAAGUAUGCAAUGGUAUUUUCCUACAUUACGUACAUACUGAAGGGCAAGGUGUGGAGCAACUCCAUUAGAAACUCUAGUAUUGGGCCUUUCUCCUACAGCAGCAUGCUGGCUUUGAGGCCUGCCAGAGCUCCCCACAUAUACUUCAAGGAACACAUGUUCACUUCAACUAGACGUCCUUCUGUGCCUUAUACCAGCCUUCUCCAACCUGGUGCCCUCCAGAGGUGGGGGGCUGCAAUUCCCAUGAUUCCUAGCCAGCAUGCUAGAUGGAAAUGAUGGGUGUUGCAGUCCCAUAGCUCUGGAGCGUUCCAUGUUGGGGAAAGCCGCCUUACGCCAGUUCAGCAACCAUCUCCAACGAAGCAGUUAUUCCCACCAAAAGCUGCUGAAGUAUGCACUAGGCAGGAGGCUGUUUCUGAAUGUUUCACUGUGAGGCACCCAGUGGCUUCUCCUGGAAAUGAUUGAUUAGACAGGUAUGCAUGAGAAUUUAAUUUCUAUUCGCAAAUCAUGCAAAUAUGUCCCGUUUGCGGAUGUGAGCAGGAGUGUGCUUUAGAGAUGCUUGCAAAUUCCCAAAUUUGCACUCGUGGUAAAACCCCCCCCAUAUUUUAAAAGAAUGCUCUCUUUGAAAUGCGCAUUUUAAAAUGCAUUUCCAUGCUUUGCUCAUGGGGGAGGGAAGUGUGCUGCGCACUUUUGAAAAAUAUUCACAGAACUUUUCCCUUUCAAAGGACACGGAAAACAACUCGAAAACAAAAACUGGAGCAAGCCAAAACAAACUCCGAAGUGAUUUUCCAAGCUCGAAAAUCGCUGCUUCUCCCAGACCAUUACUUUAGUGCUUGACUUACAAGAAGUAGUUGGGAGUCAACCACUAAAGUGGCAUCUGUGAAAGGGAGAGGGUUGAACUGGCCUCUGAUGGAAC